UGUUUUUUUUUUGUUUUAAGGGGGGGGGGGUGUGUGUUUAUCGGAGGAGAAAAACAAACAAAAAAAAUAAUCAAAAUGUCGGAAUUCGACGAAUUUGAGAGACAGUUGAACGAGAACAAACAAGAGCGUGACAAGGAGAACCGUCACCGGCGUCCCAGCCCCCUGCGAAGCCGCAGCGAUGAGAAGAAGAUGCCGACUCCAACGGCAACGAAGAGCCGGGAGAGGAGGAGCCGAGAGAGACGCAGCGGCAGCAAGGAUCAUCGCUGGAGGAGUCAACAGCUGCAUAAGUUAACCACUGAACAGAAUGAGGAAAUAAACAACAGCCGCUCUCCUCCACGUGAGAAAAAGAAAAAAGUGAGAAAGUACUGGGAUGUGCCUCCGCCAGGUUUCGAACACAUCACCCCCUUGCAGUACAAGGCAAUGCAGGCUGCUGGUCAAAUCCCUGCCACAGCCCUGCUCCCCACGAUGACCCCCGAUGGGCUGGCAGUCACCCCGACUCCUGUGCCUGUGGUGGGGAGCCAGAUGACCAGACAGGCGCGCCGCCUCUACGUGGGGAACAUCCCCUUCGGCAUCACUGAGGAAGCGAUGAUGGAUUUCUUCAAUGCUCAGAUGAGACUGGGAGGCUUGACUCAGGCACCAGGGAACCCAGUCCUGGCUGUGCAGAUCAACCAGGACAAGAACUUUGCUUUCCUAGAGUUCCGCUCGGUUGACGAGACGACUCAGGCCAUGGCGUUCGAUGGCAUCAUCUUCCAGGGACAGAGCCUCAAAAUCAGGCGCCCCCACGACUACCAGCCCCUCCCGGGUAUGAGCGAGAACCCCUCGGUGUAUGUGCCAGGCGUUGUGUCCACUGUAGUCCCCGACUCUGCUCACAAGCUGUUCAUCGGAGGCCUGCCGAACUAUCUCAACGAUGACCAGGUGAAGGAGCUAUUGACCUCCUUCGGGCCUCUGAAAGCAUUUAACCUGGUGAAGGACAGCGCGACAGGGCUGUCGAAGGGGUACGCCUUCUGUGAGUACGUGGAUGUCAACGUCAUGGACCAGGCUCAUUGCUCUCUCUCGCAGGCCAUAGCCGGGUUGAACGGGAUGCAGCUGGGAGACAAGAAGCUGCUGGUGCAGAGAGCCAGUGUAGGGGCCAAGAAUGCAACCCUGACCAGUAUAAAUCAGACCCCAGUCACUCUGCAGGUCCCGGGGCUCAUGAACACGCAGGUGGUUCAGAUGGGGGGGCUCCCCACAGAUGUGCUGUGCCUCAUGAACAUGGUGGCCCCGGAGGAGCUGCUGGAUGAUGACGAGUACGAGGAGAUCGUGGAGGACGUGCGGGACGAGUGCAGCAAGUACGGGGCGGUCAAAUCCAUCGAGAUCCCGCGCCCCGUCGACGGGCUGGAGGUGCCGGGAUGCGGCAAGAUCUUCGUUGAAUUUGUCUCCGUCUUCGACUGUCAGAAGGCCAUGCAGGGGCUGACUGGGCGCAAAUUCGCAAACAGAGUCGUCGUGACCAAAUACUGCGACCCAGAUGCCUACCAUCGCAGAGACUUCUGGUAGAAAUGGAGAGAACGAGUGGGGAGGGUUAGGGUAGAGGGGAGAGAGAGAGAAAUGCCACGAUCCUGAAUUGUACCACCGUUGAGACCUCUGGUAGAAAGAGAGAAAGGAGCACACAAAAUAAAAUGAGGAUGGGGUGUCCUGAGGGGGAGGGAAACGACUUGAUGUGCUCUUGACAGUUUCAUUUUCUUGAAGGUGUGUUUUCAGGGUCUAAGAUUUUGAGUAGCACUGGACCAGGUUUAUUGGAAGCUACUGUUUUAUGGGUCUUGGAAGUUAGACUGCAGUUCAAGCUGAUCGGGUUUAUUAAAUGCUCUUUUUCAUUGUCCUCAAGUUGGAGUCACUGAAAGCAGUGUUAAUGGCUCAUUGAAUAUUGUGGUCGGUUAUAUUAAAGCAAAGCUGGCGAGCGGAACGUAAAACCUGUCCUUUAGCCACACUUCUUCAAAGAAAGCAAAAAGCUUGAGCAAAAGGCAAACAAAUUGGAUCCUCCUGAGACUUGAACGUUUUAAUAGCGCUGAAUUUUAGAAAUACUAAAAGAAUAAAUUCAGUGAUUAACAUUUUGAAUAGAAGCCUUUCUGUGUCUCUAAAUUUAAGUAAGUUGAAGUUUCUUUUGGUCUUUCUAACGAAAUUGUUUCCUCCGUGACCCAUUAAACAUUCAGUUUGAGAACUUGCUCCAGUCCCUUUGAAAACUCGUACAAAUCCUUGCUCUCACAUCAACUCCAAUACAAUUUUUUGAACAUGUGAAAUGUUUGUGUGUUUCUUUCUCCACCAUUUUUAAAAAUAAAUUACACAAUUGCAUUUGACAGUAAUUUGUGAAAUGUAAAUUAAGCUGAAAUUAUGGGGUAUCGAGCUUGAUUAUUUAACUGGACACCCCUAAAAUAUUCUGAGGGGAGAGAAACAAAGGCGAGGGAACGUUUUAGGCGACUUCUUUUUUUUUUUUGUUUUUUGGGCCAGUUAUUGAACACAACUUUGUUUUUUUUUUUAUUUUGCCAUUUUCCUUUGUAGUUAUAACUGUGCAACUUAACGUUUUUGGGAGGUCUGGGGGUGCGAGUCAAUUUUUAUGUUUUAAAAAGCCUGUACGACUUAAUUUGUGUGAAGUUAUAUUGAAACAAUGUAAAAAAGACAGGAUUUUUUAAUUUGCUUAAAUAAACAUGUAUCAACCCUG